AUGACCCCCACACCCCCUUCUACAAACUCAUCGAGUGCUGGCUACUCCCCAGAUUACAGAGUCGUCCGGAAAAGGAACCGGAAGAACCCAUCCCAGCAGUCGUCUAAUACACCCGAUGAUAUGCAAAAUCGCAUCGAUCGGUUAGAAGGCUUGGUUCUUUCGUUAAUGACAAACGGGUCACAGUCUGCAGGUCCGGCUGCUGCCAUGGCAGCGAUCUCUGGAGACAGUAGUGCGGGCUCGACUCGGUUCUCUCAUGACAUCGAUAUCGAAGAGGAGGGGAUGGAGGGCGCCGAAGAGAGCGACACGGACCAGGUGACCAAGUCGUUCGGUAUCAUGAAGAUGGACAAUAACAAGUCCUAUUACAUCAGUGAUGCUCAUUGGGCGUCUGUAUUGAAUGAUAUCUCCGAGGUGCGAAGUUUCUUCUCAACGCACAAGAAACAAGCCGAUGAGCAACUUGAGAAAGUAAAAGCGGCCCGACCAGACAGUGAUGCACCAGGCGCGACUUUGUUGUUUGGUAUUAAUAAGGCUAUGAGCCGUGGCGAGAUCAUGAGCGGUUUACCUUCUAAGUAUACAACUGACAUUCUUGUUGCUCGCUAUUUCAAUUGCUACGAUCCUGCGACCCAUGUUCUUCAUGGGCCCACAUUCCAAGCACAGUAUAACAAACAUUGGGAUGAUCCUGCCGCGACCGAACUCGUCUGGAUCGCUAUGCUAUUUGGAAUGAUGAGAUUGGCAAUGCUAUCUUACCACCGCGAAGGCGAUGAGCCACCUGAAUUCCGGGGCAAGUCUCUGGACAUGGCUGGGGGAUUUCGAAAUUCUGUAGCACAGUGCUUGACAUUGGCUGACUACACGAAACCUCACCCGUUCUUGAUAGAAGCGUUCGUAUUUCAUUUGCAUGGCGAUUUCUCUCAAACUCGAGAGGCAGAUAUUUCGAUUUGGGUCAUGACUGGUGUUGUUGCUCGCCUAGCAAUGCGAUCUGGAUAUCACCGUGACUCUAAAAUGUUCCCAAACAUCACACCUUUCCAAGGUGAGAUGCGACGGCGUGUAUGGACCUUUGUGCGCCAGGCCGACCUUCUGUUUUCAUACCAGGUCGGGCUGCCAGGCAUGAUCCGGGCUACAGAUAGCGAUACUGAGCUACCACGGAAUCUUUACGAUGAUGAUUUCGACGAAGACAGCAAGGAGCUCCCGCCCCCUCGUCAAUUGAACGAGCCAACACCAAUCUCGUAUUUGAUUGCUAAAGCGCGCCUGUCGUAUGCAUUCGGCAAUGUGGUUGAACAAAGCUCUGCUGUGUCGUCGGCACCAUACGAGAAGGUGAUGGAAGUCGACGCGGAACUCCGACAAGCAAGGGACUUGAUCCCUGAUCACUUGCGUAUUCGGCCUAUGGAGGAGUGCCAGUUGGACCCCGUCAAUCUUAUCAUGUCACGCUUUUCCGUAAUGGCCGUAUACAGCAAAGCUCAGUGUGUGCUUCAUCGCCCGUAUGUGGUUCGUGCACGAGAAAAUCCUCGUUUCACCUAUUCUCGAAGGACCUGUAUCGACUCAGCAAUGGAUUUAUUACAAGUCCAGGCGGUCCUACACGCGGAAACGCGUAACGGACGCCUACGCAGUCGCCAGAGUCGAGUCAGUUCUCUCAGUUCAGCCGACUUCUUACUUGCAGCCACCAUUGUUUCUCUCGACCUAUACCACGGCCUGUCAUUGCAAGCGAGUGGCCGGCCAUCGGGAGACACAUACACUUGGGGCCGAGAGCGGCGCGAUGAAAUGAUCGCUGCGAUUCAGCUCUCGAAAGACAUAUGGGACGAGUCGCUAAAUGAAAGUAUGGAAGCAUGGAAAGCAUCCAGCGUUCUUGGUCUGAUGCUCGGCAAGCUGCGCGCGUCGGCGGCACCAGGCCUUGAAAAUAACGCCGGAGCUGCUUCAUUUGAACCACAAGACGAGAAGCAGAACGCGGCCAUGACUCUCGGCCUGCUGAGCAGCGGAAUGAGCCCGAUGAACCCUGGUCCGCCGCCAUUUGCCGAUCCUAUGUUCAAGAUGGGAGAAUCGCCAAUGGGGACAGGAGCAGUUGGUGCCGGCGCCUCGGCCGAAAUGCCGGGCGCACUUUCGCCCUUUAGCAGCAUGUUCGGGCAGAUGCCGGACAUGCAGGUCAAUUUGGAUUGGGAUGCUUGGGAUACAUACAUCCAGAACCCAACCCUCGACACAUCGAAUCAAUUCUGGCCUAUGAUUGAUGCACAGCGCCAAACAGUCCCACAGUUCGGAAGCAUGUCACAGCCCUCAGUGCCUAGCCCUUUGACUUCAGGGCGGGGGUCAUCAGUUAGUGGUGCUCCGCGGCCACCGACAAUGUUCUCAGCAUCCUCCAACAGUCCUGAUAGUGGAGGUGUGCUCGCGACUAUGAUCGCCAUUUUUGUUCAGGAAUUCAGGCAUUGCUUCCGCCAGGCCGUUUCUCGGCUUCAAUUGUUCCCAGCCGCUUCACGAUCAUCCAUCACCGCCUCCAGCGCAGUGCUGCGUUCAACAUGUCCCACCCCGAUGCUCUCCGCUACACGGUUCGCCUACCCAACUCUCACACAGACACGGUUCAACUCGACCGAUGGACGCAGUCCCCGAGUUCCGGUUAGAUAUGUUGAGUCUGUUAAACCGGAGCAAUCCAAGUCAGAGAAAAUCCGACUGCAGAGAUACGAACGCCGACGUCAGAGUAUAAGCGAUGGCCCUGUACCGAAGACCACUCUGUACAUCGGCAACCUCUUCUUCGACGUGACAGCGGAGGAUCUGCGCAAGCACUUUGAGAAAUUCGGUGCCGUGGAGAACGCACUGAUCGUGCACGAUUCCCGCGGACUGAGCAAAGGUUUCGGCUACGUUACCUACAGCACCGUCGAGGAAGCCACGGAAGCAAUCACACAACAGCACGGAGGCAUUUUGGAAGGCCGCGAGGUGGUGGUUCAGUUCUCCAACUCGACAUACAGAACCACGCUCGACGCCAAGCCCAGCAAGACCCUGUACAUUGGCAACGUCCCCUACGAAUUGACGGACCAGGAUCUGCAGGAUUUGUUCGAUGAUGUUCCCGGUGUCACCGAUGUCCGCAUCCCUGUCGACCGUCGCACGGGUCUGCCCCGUGGAUUCGGACACAUCGACUUCGCCGACCAGACCAGCGCCUCUAACGCCAAGGAGGUUCUCGCCCGCAAGGCGCCUUAUGGCCGCAAGCUGAUUGUCACCUUUGCUAAGCGCAAGAUGUUGACCCCUGAGGACCUCCAGCGUCACCAGCAGAAGAGAAGGGAGAAGCUGACCCCCCACAACAACCGUCAAGGUGCUCAGGAUGAUGCCGAGCCAGUCGGACGUGUGAGAGAGGUGGGUGAAGUGCGGGAGGUUCCUGAGGUGAAGGAGGCUGAGCAGGUCGUCGAGCAGACCGAGACUGAGCAGAAGCAGUAG